AUGAAGAGACCGAGUUCCCUGUGGCGGCAAUUCACUUUAAUGAAAACCACACUGAAAUUAGUAGAGAAAGAAGUGACGAUCAAGGCACCAUGGGGUAACAUAGCAGCGUUAUCCUGGGGUGACCCUUCCAAUCCACCAGUACUUCUCUGCCAUGGGAAACUCGACGCCAGCUCAGGGUUCAGACCUUUGGUUUCCCGGUUGCCAAACUGUUUCUUUUACUUAAGUAUAGAUCUUCCAGGAAAUGGGAAGUCAGAUCAUAUGCCGAAAGGAGUAAGAUAUACUGUUAUCGACCUCGUCCCGACUAUUACAAAAGUCGUUAAGCAUUUUAACUGGAAGAAAUUUAUUUAUAUUGGUCAUUCGCUUGGUGUUCCUAUUGGUAAAUUCUAUAACAUAGCAUAUCCAGGACAAAUCACUCGCGUGGUAGAACUGGACCCAAUACCGGCACAUCAUACGUGGCCCCUCACCCGUGAGGGUAUGCAUGACUGGUACCACAGCUACUAUAUGAUGUAUGAUGACGAGAAAUUUGCCAAAUUCAAUGGAAGUCUUGAAACGGCUCCAAAGUACACUUACGAAAAGGCACAACAACUUAUGAUGGAUACAAGAUCUUUAUCUAAAGAGGCUACAGAACAAGUCCUGGAAAGGUGCCUUGUACCAGCAGGAGACGGACUAUUCAGAUUUACAUUUGACCAGCGCAUGAAAGAAGUGUCGGUGUUGCCAUUUUCUGGAGAAGCUUUGGGUAAAAUAUACACAACUACAAAUACUCCCACGUUUUGUGUUGUGGCCAAAAAAGUUUUAGACCAAGGCAUUUACGAUCCCGUGCCUUUUGUAUACAACGAAAAAGCAUGGCCAAAUAAUAAUUACAAGUUCAUAAUUGUGGAAGGAGGACAUGACAUACAUAUAGAGAAUCCUGAUUGUAUGGCAUCUGAUAUAAGCAAAUUUUUAUUAGCGGAUGUCAAUAGCAAAAUUUAA